AUGCAAUCGGUUCCGGUUCCGAUACUGGUUCUUACCGGUACCGGUCCCAACCGUUGCAGAAUAAAGAGACACGUUCAGUUCCAGUUUGCUAACAAAUUACCAUUACUUUCAGAAGCAAAAGCGCGAGUUUUGGGCCCAGGAGAUUUGCACGUCAAAGCGGGAAGUUCCGUAACACUGAUAUGCGUUAUCAAUCAAGGACCCCACGAUUUGGGUACCGUCUUUUGGUAUCUAGGCGCAAAUAUACUACAGACACCACCAACGCAUCCUAAUGAUCCAGAUUCGACUGAAAGGCUAUCCAUACAGAAUCACUGGUCGGAUGGACUGACCUCUCGUUUGCACAUUUCAAGCGCACGUCUUUCAGAUAGUGGAAACUAUUCGUGUGUUCCAACCAUUGCUGCCCCUGCUAGUGUAAAUGUACAUGUCAUUAAUGGAGAGCAUCCAGCGGCCAUGCAACACGGAAAUAAGAACACAGCGCCGUUAUCGCCCUCUCUUCACUGCACACUUGUAUAUAGUAUCUCAGUCUUCAUAAUAAAACACAUCAGAUGAAACCUCUUGUAAUAUUGACUUUUAUUUUUUUAAUCCUUUUCUCUUUAAUAUUUUGAUACUAAAUGUACUCGUGCGGAAAUUUUACGUCCGUGCAAUAAGUGAAUUUGUCUUUGUGAAUAUCGAAGCAAAGAAAAUGAGUUUUCAUAUUACGACCUAUUGUACUAAGUGACACCUUUUUUUUUAAAUAAGACAGUUCUGAAGGUGGAUUUUAAACAUUUAUUAUCUUCAAACGCACAGCUUUGCUUGUGUCACUCAAAUCUUUCAAGAUUGUAUACUUUUAAGUUGAAAUACUGAACAUUCCUUUUGUCCUUAAUUCCCAGUCUCCACUUCUUUGUUUAGAAAAUGUUCAUAGGGAUUUUGUUGGAUGUUG